CUGAAACCCCCGGCAUAACAAACACAACUAUCAGCGGCUCAACACUCAAACUUUCUCCUGCACGUCUCACAUUACUGGAGUUUAAAACGCUCCGCAUCAACACAGCGCGAUAUAACUGGAAUAUGUAACGCGAAUCAAUUACGAUGAAGGACUGGUGUCGUCUUCUGCUCUUGGCUGGAAUUGCUGCUGUUUUGCAUGCAGCCUAAUGAGCACCCAUGCACACUAUGGCAACAACAAUCGGUCCAUGCUCAGAUGCAGAGGACCUGUUGGCUUCCAUCCACCUCGAGAGGUAUCUGGACCACUUCCGUCAGGCAGGCUUUCUCCUCGCCCGAGACUUCUGUCAUGUGGACAAUGUGGCUCUGAACAGGGUGGGAGUCACUGCCACCGGCCACAGGAAGCGUAUCCUCAAACUGGUCGAGCACAUUCAGCUGAUCUGUCAACAUCAAAGGAAAGAGCCCUCGCUAGAUCGCUGUAAUUCAGAUUCUGCUAUUCACGAGGUGACCCCUGUCAAAGCGGAGCCUCAUUCUCCUUCAAGACACCCUAGCACUGCCUUAGAAGCCUUACGUAACAGCUCGGCCCCGAAUCUUUGUGCACAAGUGAAGCGCUCGUUCUCAGAGCGGAGCGCCAGUGUCGUAAAGCCGGUACCAAAACCAAGAACUGUCUUCCACAGAUUAAGAGCAGAGAGAAUUUCUUUACCAACACAACAUGAAGUGCAACCUCACCAAAAGUCAUCUCAGGACCCGCUUUUAAAAGUUGCAGAAGGUUCAUCCUCCAGUACAGACACUGUUGAAACACCUACUGAAUCAAAAAAGGGCCCUUGCGAAUCAGGUUUGAGUAAUACCACUUCGGCCCCAGAGACUAGUGAUCCGUUACCCCCAGUGCCCCCUAGGUUAAAUCGAGGAAUUCCCCCAUCCACAUUCAGGAAAAUGUCAGACCAGGAGCGUCUGAGCACCCCUCCUGACUCCCCCUCGAGUUAUCAGUGCUCUCCCUUCACUAACAUGCUCGGUUCACCUCCAAGUCCACCCUGCUCAGGGCUAGAGAUGGUCUCUAAUGAAAUCUACUGUGGCACUUUACCAGGCACUCCACGUGUGUUUUGGAGUCGCUCUGUACCCGUUCCGCCUCCACGCCAGGAGGUUAGCCCAUCCACUGAAAAUCAUAGCACUUUAGAAAAGUCUAACUCAACUGAAACACCUAAAAGAACAUCUGGCGACACAGCAUCUGCUGAGGAUGAAGAUGAAAUGAUCAACCCGUACUGUGAAACUGUUUUCUACAGCAGACGACAAUAUCAGCAUUCAGAGGUUGAGAGGACCAAAAGUGAGGAAAAGACUGCAAAUAAAAAAGAUAAACAAAGAGAACAUGGGCAGCACAAUCACUCGUGGCUCAAGCGUCUUGAUUCUCCAGGCUACUGCACUGUGGGUGAACCGUCUCCGGCCUCUCACUCGUUCUCCCUCCCUCAUAUACUCGGCUCCAUCGAAGCGGACGAGGACCACAUCAUCUCUCCCUACGCCAGCUUCACCUCGCUGUCCGAGCGGGCGGCACCCAUCCUCAGCGGCUGGCUGGACAAGCUCUCUCCUCAAGGAAACUAUGUGUUCCAGAAACGAUAUGUGAAGUUUGAUGGGAAGAACUUGAUGUACUAUGGUAGUGAAAAGGAUGCUUAUCCCAAAGGUGUGAUUCCCUUAGCUGCCAUACAGAUGGCCCGCGUAGCCAAAGACAAUAAAUUUGAGGUCGUCACAAGUCACAGGACAUUUGUCUUCCGAGCUGAUAAUGAUGUUCAGAGGUGCAAAUGGUGCAACACGCUGCAGGAGCGGGUCAAAGAACAGCUGGUUUUUGGCCGCCCACGUUUUGGCCCCGGCAGUCACUGCCAAAAGAGCGGCUUCCUGGAGCUCAAAACCAAGUCAAAGAUCUACACAGCCAUUAUAAUGGAGCAGAUCUGGUUGUACAAGAGUGAGCAGUGCUUUAAAAAUGGAAUUGGAAUUACUGUAAUUGAGGCCAGAGGUGCUACAAUUCGUGAUGGGAAGGGCAAGAGCUUUGAUCUCAUUACACCUUAUAAAACCUUCAGCUUUACGGCAGAGUCGGAGCGAGAGAAGAGGGACUGGAUGGAGGCCCUGCAGGAAUCUAUAGCGGAAACACUAUCUGAUUAUGAGGUGGCGGAGAAGAUCUGGUCCAACAGGUCCAACAAGAUCUGCGCAGACUGCAAAGCCAUCAAUUCGGACUGGGCAUCCAUCAAUCUCUGUGUGGUCAUCUGCAAGAACUGCGCAGGCCAGCAUCGAGGUCUCGGCACAAUGGUGUCGAAAGUGCAGAGUCUGAAACUAGACACCAGCGUGUGGAGCAAUGAGAUCGUUCAGCUCUUCAUAAUGCUUGGCAAUGAUAGAGCCAAUGAAUUUUGGGCGGCCAGACUUCCUGUGACUGAGGAGCUGGACUGUGACGCCUCCCCAGAGCAGCGGAGAGAGUUUAUCACCCACAAAUACAGAGAAGGCAGAUAUCGCCACCCUCAUCCCAGUUUUAGCACCCAAGAGGAACUUCUUAAGGCGCUGUGCACCGCUGUGACUGAGCAGAACCUGCUAAAAACGGUCACUCAGAUUUUUGCGGAGGCUGAGGCCGCUCGACUCGCUGACGCUAAUGGAAACGAUAAGCACGUGUCCCCGCAUUACUCAUACACACAGUCUGCAGAUUCAGAUUCCUGUGUCUAUGAUGAGAUCAUGCAGCCCAUCCUGUACUCCGGCUACCUCUACAAGUCAAGCUCCUUGAACAAAGGGACAUUAUCCCGCAGAACCAGAGACGCAGAUUUUCAAAAGUACUGGUGUUCGGUGGAGAAGUCUAUUCUCUUCUAUGAGUCUGACAGAUGUCAUGAGCCCAGUCUGAAGAUCGAUGUUAAAGACAUCAUCUGUUUAGGAGUUAGCAGACCAGACUCCAGCAACAACAGCGGCUUUAUUGACAAAUUUCGAUACACUUUUGAACUUUACCUAACAUCUGAUAAACUGAUCCAGUUUGGCUUGGAGACUCUAGAUGCAUUGCACAGUUGGGCGCGAGCAAUAGGGAAGGCCACCACCCCUCUCAGCUGUCACUGCCUGCUGGCGCGAGAGUUCGAGCGAGUGGGCGUACUGCGCUACAAGGCCAUGCUAGACCCGCAGCAGUGGAAAGAAGGCUUCUUUGUUCUGCAGAAGUCCAACCUGACUCUGCAUCUGCAGGGCAUGGGCAGGACCGAUUUCUCCCUGUGGUACACAGACAUUCAGAAGGCAGCAGGAGGGAAAGGGAACACCCUGAAAGACCAGCAGCUCAGCAGAAAUGACAUCCCCAUCAUCGUUGACAGCUGCAUUGCCUUUAUAACUCAGUAUGGUCUGGGCCAUGAGGGGAUAUACAGGAAAAACGGUGCGAAGUCCAGAAUCAAGCUUUUGAUGGAGGAGUUUCGUAAGGACGCCCGCAAUGUGAAACUCCGCAUUGGAGAUAACUUCAUAGAGGACGUGACCGAUGUACUGAAAAGGUUCUUUCGGGAGAUUGAUGAUCCCAUAUUCAUGGCUGAUCUCCACCCCUUCUGGAGGGAAGCUGCCAAGAUACCUCAAAAGCCACAGCGUUUGGACCGAUACAAAGAGCUGAUUCGAGGGUUACCUCGGGUCAACAGAACGACUUUAGCAGCGCUCAUCAGUCAUCUCUACAGGGUGCAGAAGUGUGCUGAUCUCAAUCAGAUGUGCACUAAGAACCUGUCCCUGUUGUUCGCUCCCAGCCUGUUUCAGACUGAUGGGAAAGGGGAACAUGAGGUCAAAAUCAUAGAAGACCUCAUCGAUAACUUCCUGUAUAUAUUUGAUAUUGAUGAAGAACAUCAAACUCAGAUUGAACUGGAAAUCAGUUUGAUAACCACUUGGAGAGACACACAGCUCUCACAGGCAGGGGACUUGAUUAUUGAAGUUUAUCUAGAAGAAAAGAUACCAGACUGCUGCAUCACUCUGAAAGUGUCUCCCACAAUGUGUGCUGAGGAGCUGACCAAUCAGGUGCUGUAUAUGAGAAAUAUUCCUGCAGGGGAAAAAGACGUGUGGAUGACCUUUGAGGCCAUCGAGGAAGGAGAGCUUGAGCGACCUCUUCACCCUAAAGAGAAGGUUCUGGAACAAGCGCUACAGUGGUGUAAAAUGGCCAAUCCCAGCUCAGCGUAUCUGGUGGUGAAGAAGGUGCCUAGAGGAGAAGCUAUAGACAUUUUCACAGCCUAUAAGAGUGAGAUAGUGAAGUCUGGAGUGCUGAAGUGUCGGGAAGAGCCGCCCAAGCUCUUGCAAGGAAACAAAUUCCAGGAGCGAUCUUUCCAAAUUAAAGACCACAGAUUACUCCUGAUGAAGGACAAAAAAAGCAACAAACCUGAGAAAGAGUGGCAACUGAAAACCUUGAAGAUUUACAUGGGGAUCAGAAAGAAGUUAAAACCACCAACAAAAUGGGGAUUAACAGUGAUGCUGGAUAAACAGCAAUUGUACCUCAGCUGUUCCUGUGAGACUGAACUAUGGGACUGGAUGACUAAUUUACUAAAAGCACAGAAUGAUGAUUUGCGUCCACCUGUGAUGAGACGGCACUCUUCCUCUGACAUUUCCAAGCAGAAGUUUGGCACCAUGCCGCUUGUGCCCAUCAGAGGAGAGGAGAGCAAUACCAACUCCACCAUGCUCUCCGCCAAUCAGACUCUGAGAAAGCUCCACACAAGAAGGGCUCUCUCAAUGUUCUUUCCCAUGAAGGUGCAGCAGGACUCGUUUGAGGAGCGCAUUGAAAGCCCCGAACCUUUGUAUGAGGAGGUGGGCGACUUCGGUCUGCAGGUGCUCAAAUCUUUGGAAACUAGUUUCCUGUCCAGCGCUCACGCAGAGACACAGGAGGUGCCAGCACGGCCCGUCAGCCUCGGACAGAGGAAGGCCGCCUCCCUGGAUCGCAUGGUUGGGUUAAACCCAGCGCACUCUCUCUUAUCCUCUAGAGAAUCAUUAGACACUCUGGGCCAUGAGGACUCCCUGCACGUCCCAGGUAGACACAGGUCCCACAGAUCAUGCAGCCCCCAACAGGAACUGCUGUUACAGGAACUCUCCACGAUGUUCUGCAAGAAACCAGAAUCUGAAGAGCAGCAUGAGAACCUCACCUGAGCUUAGAGACUAGAUCAAUCUCAAGAGCAAUUUGCUUUGGAACUUGAAAUCGCUGUUAUUAAAUUGCCACGUGUGUCUGUUUGAAAUUGGCUUGUAAGAAUCCAGUAUUAAAUCCAUCGGUUUAUUAACGUGAAGUAUCGUGCCAAAGCAGUCACUGAAAUGAAAAUCUGUGAAUCUGUGCUAGAAUUGUUUUGUAUAAAUUGGGUAAAUCUGUUUUGGCUUGUGCAUUUGUUGACUUGUUACACUAAAACUAAACGACCUCUCAACAUUUAAAAAAAUUUCCCUUUUUUUAUCGUUGUUAUAUGUUAUUGUUGUAUUAUUUGUACCUAAAGAUGAAAUUACAUUUCAGUUCCUUUUCGUAAAAAUACAUUUCUUGGCUCAGUAACAUUACAUGUUUAGUAUAACAGUAAGAAAUGCAUGGAAAGCAAAGCAUGUGCAGUCUAUAAUACAUAAUCGGUGGUCUUAUUAGCAGUGAAAACAUUUACACUGAUAUUCCUGGACUGCAGACUGAUUAAAUGACUACUGUAUGGGUGCAUUUCACUCCAUCUUUUAUAUGUAUACAGUGUAUUAUAUUUAUUAAUUUAUUUAUAUAGACUAUUUGAAUCAUUCUCAUAUUUCUCAGUGUUUGGUGACAGAGUGAAGGAGCAUUAUCAGAAGGAUAAAAGCAGUUUCGACUGUAACAGUAGAGGGCAGUAUAGAUACAGCACAUGAUGUCCUGACAAUCUAAAGCGUUCCACUGCAGAUUUUCACUCCUCUUUACAGGCUUUUAAUAAAGGCAUCUAUAAAGUUCAUAACAAAAUAAAUCUGUUCUAAU